AUGCGUUUUGGCUGUCCUGAUGAAAUCGUAACCGAUCGUGGCGCUAAUUUUAUGGGCAAGUUCUUGGAUUACUACCUUGGUCGACUUAAAGCCAAACACAACUUGACUUCGGCUUUCCAUCCUCGUUCAAAUGGCAAGGUUGAACGUACCAAUGGGAUACUCAAAUCCAUGUUACGCAAGUAUGUGCAUGGUGAAAUACAUCGCUGGGAUGAUUUUCUUGACACCGCUUUGUUUGCAUGCCGCAUUCGCAAACAUCGAACGACACAAAUGAGUCCAUUUUUCAUGGUGUAUGGUCAAGACCCCAAGUUACCUGGUGAUCCAUUGCGUCCUCUUAUUACUGCUGAUGAACCACAAGAUGAUCCCCAAGCACAUGAUCGUGAAAAAGACAAGGCUCAAUGGGAUUUGCUCACCAAGAAGCAAGUUUAUUCGGUUUGGCGACUUUGUCUUGUCGACGAAAACAAAUUGAUCGAACGUAAUAACCAACUACGAGAUAUCUGCAAGUUACACAGCAUGAAUGGUGAAGCAUACAAGUCUUGGGUGCACACUGAUCGUUUACGUCCCAUUCAUAUCAACAAGGCCGAUGGUAAUCCUGACACAUGGUACGAUCCCACUGCUACAAGAGCACGUUGGCGCCAACUUACCGAUGCUGCCAAUACUAUUGCUUCCGUGUUGGUCGGGCGACCAAGAUUUUCGGGAGGGUAUUGUCGUAGGUCAUGUGACCACGUGACCUAG